AUGGUCAUCCAUGCUGUUAGCGUCAUGCUAGAGGCUCUCAAUAGAGACGCCCAACAUGCUACUAUCGCCAAGUUCAUUCAAAAUGAACUUGACGCUGAACGCGAGAAAGUAGCCUUGCUUCACCAACAAGGUUCUCAACAAGCAGAGUUGUUGAGAGAACAGGGUGCUCAACAGUUUGAACUGUUGAGACAGCAGCAGGCUGCUGCUGGUGGGUCGAUGCACUCGCGUCGACCCGAAACCUUGAAGAUUGACAUCUCCAAGUAUAGGGGAGUCGAAGAGGACCCCCUCUUGAGAUGGUUCGUCGAAUUGGAUGACGCCACAAGGGCGCGUCGCAUCGACGACGGGGAUAUGCAAGUUGCAUUUGCCCAGUCAAAUCUGGCAGGACGUGCCAAGACUUGGGCACCGCCUAGAGCUGAGUUCAGAGCUCGAACUGAACUCUUGAAGCUCAGACAAGGUAAGCGUGAUGUGCACGCUUACGCGCAACACAUACGACAUCUCACGAGUUGUAUAAGUUCCAAUCCGGUGGAUGAACACACGUUGGUUUAUGUGUUCAUGCAGGGUCUUGCGGAUGGUCCCAUCAAGACUCACCUGUUCCGGCUUGAACUAGAUUCACUAGAACAAGCCAUUUCCAUUGAGGAACAGGAAGGCUUCAGUCUGAGACAGGCUCGCGCCAGCUCGACAUCGUAUCGUCAACCGAGACGAUAUGACAGCGGAGGUCCAGAGCCGAUGGAACUCUGUUAUGUAGAGAGCGAGAAGGAUCGCUCUACAGACUACAAGAAGUUGCAGAAAUGCAACAGAUGUCAGAAGACAGGACACUACGCUUACGAGUGUAGUGCCCCUCGUCCAGUGUCUCGCAACACUGGGCGUAGUGACCGUCCACCCAUGAGAAAGGGGCAGGGACGCGGGUCCGCUGUUGGUGCAAAGACGCAACAACGGGAUGGACCGUCAAAAAACGGACAGGAUCAGUAG